AAGAAGAAGAGAUCGCUCGGGUGACGAUAGUGAUUUAUUGCAUCUGUUGUUGGAAAAAGUAGUAUUUCGGAAAUAUGAAUAUAUAUGAAUUAUAUCGGGAACUAUGAACAUCAGCGACAUUGCUUCUCUUCUCUGAUUAUGUGUUCACUGAUCUGCUGUUUCAUCAGUGUUUUUGGGGUGCUGAUAAAUGAAGUGUCUCUGCAGGAAACAGUAGAGGGCUUUAUUCGCAGUUCUGUUGUCCUGCCGUGUUCAUCCACUGAACGUGAUCAUAAACUUCAAGACGUUGAUGUGAAUUGGAGACACAAUGGCAGUGAAAAUGUGUAUGAUAUAGUCAAGGGUGACGAUUCAGUAGAGCGACAGCAUCCAUUGUACAAGAACAGAGUUGAAACUUUCCCUGAGGAGUAUCUGAGAGGAAACUUCUCCAUCAAGAUCAACAAUCUUCAAUACACUGAUGCAGGAGAGUUCAGCUGCCUCAUCUCACACUCAUCUGAACAGAAGACUGUAAAGCUGAGCAUCAAGGAAUCAACAGCAAAAAAGGAAAGUAAAUCCUCUGAACAAGAAAACCAAGAAGAUACAGAAGCAGACAGUGUGGACACAUCAAACUGGGUUUUCAUUUUAUUAGCUGUACUACUGUUAUUUAUAUUGUCUAUAGCCUGUUUCAUUAUAUGUUACUGUAGAAAGAAAAAUCAGGCUCCCUCAUUUUCUCCUGUCAUGACUGAAGACAAAGAACAGUGACACAAAUGACAUCAUGCAUAAAAGUUUCAAAUUUCACAUCAUCUCACUAUUUUUACAGCUGUCACUGGGUGUUUCUGGUGCUCAUUCUUAUGUUUUGUCCUGUUAUAUACUUGCUGAAUGAGAUCUUGAAACACUGAAACAGUAGCCAUUUUUUUAAAGGUAAAGGACCAAUGAGCAGGGGCGCAGGAGACAUUUUCAAAGUGGGGGGGGGGACCAAACUGCGUUCCGGGGGGAGAAAUGGGAAUGGGGGGGCACCGCGAUGCGACCGCAAAGGGCACUUUCACUUUCGCGAUCAAAGUGCACGCCACUGAUAAGCAUUGUAAGUGCAGUAUUACACCAUAUACAUACCAAUUAAACGCGCAGGUCUCCUCUCGUGCAUCCUCCCCACUGCGUCGCUGGUCGAGGCAAUAAUCACUUUCGUUUUGCUUUCAGAUAUCUCUUUUAUAGAUGCCAUCAAUGCUUUUGCCUUUCUAGAUGUAAUUACCGAAAUCAAAACAGUCCAUAAACUAUAUUCUCACGAAAACUCCAGUCAAGCCAGCUCGCGCGUCAACCUGAGUGAUCAGCCUCCUUACCUUAAAGUGUCAAAUUUCUCGGUUUCUGAAUGGACGGUUUGGCUUGAUUGACAAACGCUAACAUUCGGGCAUGAUUUAUACCAUCGACCUGUACUAAAACGUUAGCACGCUUUGAUCGAUUGUUUGGAGAUCGCGUGUUUCUCCGUACGAGAGCGCAUUUCCUGUUCACAUCCGCGACAAAACAGUUGAUUAUUUACAAAUAGAAAGCAAAUAGAAACGUGAAAAUGGUCUCAUUUGAAAGAAAAUAUCCUAAGCUAAAAGAUGAUAUAGUGUGACUGAUUGAAGCAGCCCUUAUCAAAAGUGCGGGGGUCAAUUUCUGUCUUUUAAAAACUGGGGGUCCAAUGGUACUUCAUGUUGUGUUUUCCAAUAUUGUAAUAUGCAUUUUGUGUGUGUUCAAAUUAAAACAUUUAUUGAACCUGAUUCAUUAUAUACAAAAAAUAAAAAAAAUGAACUGUGGUAACA